AUGUUGGUGAGUAGCCUGAAACCUACACGGCAGAAGCUACACAAGUAUUUCGCAAGAUCCAAGUCCCCUUGUCCCGACGAGAUCAAAGACUGGAACUCAGUCCAUCGAAGCUCAGCUAUCAGGAUGGCCAGUGUGCAGACGAGAACCUUGGGUGAUCCCAGGAUGCCCAUCUCACCUGUCGUCCACGACUCAACGUAUAUACCAUCAUUGGUGUCUGCAACAAUCCGCAACGACCUCACGCAGGAACGCAAAUUCGAGAUCCAUUACGAGCCCGAGCCAUUGGCUUUAGGCUCCUUUCUUGGACCCCCUCGACAGCCGCCGCAGCAGCAGCAGCCAAGUCGCCCUCCACAGAUAUCUCAACCAGAUCGACUUCCUCCGUCUCCUUCCGCCGUUAAAUUUUCGCAGCCAGCUGAAGCGGCAUCGUCUUUCCUGGGGCCUCCGCAGCCUCGUAUAAUACGCGGUCCUUCUGUCAAAAAACCUCGGUCCAUCUCAGUCACUCGAAGAAGGGCCAAGACCCCGGUUCUCAAAGUUGGACAACUGGAGAUGGCAGCUGGACGGAAACGACAAGAAGCCGCCAUCAACAGAGAGUUAAGCGUUCGAACUAUCGCACGACAAUACCGUGCGCUAAUUGACGAUGUGGAAAUCUCCGACGUUCCCUCCAUCCCGGCCGUCCACCGCAGGCCCUUGGUGGACUCUGCAUCGCCGCAUUUGCACGACGUCGACAACGACCACACACCCACUCCAUGUCGGCCGGCAAGGAGCCCAUCUCGAGCUGAAGGCCGCCUGGAAAAGCCAAGGGCUCUAUGUGAGAAGACUCCAUGGCCUGAAUCUGACGCCGAGACAUUGGCGUCAUCCCACGAUGCCUCUCCACAUAUAAACCUGCUCAAACCCAGCUUUUCGCCACUUCCGACGCCGGUCGUCGAGGACGACGACUACAUCCAAUCGCCGGAUGCAGGGACGUCGCGCUUCCAAAUUGGUUUCGACAUGUUGGCACGCGAGUUAUCCACCGCCGUUGCGGACCGUUCGUCCCGCGUGGGGAGAGACGCCUCUGGUCUCCAGAUCUGGGUCAUGAUUGAGGCGUAUGAGAGAUUGAGAGACCAGGUCUGUUCAAUGGAGACGCGGGAUCCAGAACUCCAGUGUGCGAGGGCCAUGUUUGAUUCGUGGUUGGCUGCUUUGAGGGCGAUUCACAAGACGAUUGUGGGUGAGGGGGCCGAAAGUGAAAGUGAGUAUGGAGAUGAGGGUGAUUAG